CUAUGAAUCAUCAGCUGUCGUCAGAUUUUGAGAAAAACAAAACGUAGUUGGGUGAAAUUCGUGAAAAUUUCUGUGGAUAUUGUUGGAAAACGAACUUGACAUGUCGGUAAAUACGGCCCACGCCAACAAUGGUGUGCUAAUCCAUGCUGGAGAGUACAUACUGCUCCACAGCGACAGCGUGUCCAUGGAGUUUUCCGGUCAGGACAAUCCCAUCUUUAAAGGCUCCAAGGCGGGCAGGAUCUACCUUACCUCCCACCGGAUGAUCUUUAAUAGCAAGAAGGCCGCCGAUUCGAUGCAGUCCUUCAGUGCUCCAUUCGUAGCUCUAUCGGAUGUGGAGAUCGAGCAGCCUGUUUUUGGGGCCAACUACAUAAAGGGAAAGGUUCGCGCCCAGCCAAAUGGAAACUACGUGGGAGAAGUCAAGUUCAAGCUACAUUUUAAGGCAGGCGGCGCCAUCGAAUAUGGCCAGGCUCUUCUGCGCUCCGCCAAGACGGCGAUGAACAACUACCAUCGCGGUGGAAUGGCUGGCGAUGAUCCGCCACCCUACCAACCAGCUGGAGCCUGGAACGAGGCGCCUCCACCGGCGUAUCAACCGCCACCCGGCUACUAUGGCUGGCUGCCGCAGCACGAUGCCUUCAGUGGCCCGGCUCCCAAUACGGUCUUUAUGAGCGACAAUCCGCCGCCAUAUCCGGGGAUUGCACCACCGGCGCACCAGCCAGCACCACAACAGCCGCAAGGUCCACCGCAAGGCCCGCCGCCGACUGAACCCAAUUGGUAUGGUUUUUCAGCACCGCCGCCGCAGCAGCAACAGCAGCAGCCGGGUUACGGUCCUCAGGGUUGGGCCGGCGGCUAUGUUCAACCGCCACCGUAUGCCUCCUGUGCUCCCAAUUGUCCGCCAGGACCUCCGUACGCCACUCCGGCACAGACGUACAAUGGACCGCAGCCUUAUGGCGGAUACGGCAAUGUUCCCGGUGGAUUUAACACUCCGGGACUGCAGCAACCGAAUGGCUAUCCAAAUGGCUACCCAGGUGGACCACCGCCUCCGGGACAGCAAGCGGCAGGAGCAGCCGGAGGAACCGCUGCAGCCGGAGCCAGCUUCAUGGGUUUCAGCUUGCCGCCAGGAAAUUCCAAAGAAGCAGAAGCUGCAGCAAGUGCUUAUAACACACCCUAUAAUCAAGGCGGACCCAGUGGAUCAGGAAACAGUGACUUACCACCUUCUUAUAAUAACUUGCCACCCAGCUAUGAUGAUGCAUCGAAAAAAAACCACUAACAAGGACUGCAUGAUAAAUUCCCUUGUCCAAAAUUUAACAAAAGUAAUUACAGCUCAUUCCGUUGAGGUUAUUUAAACACAAAAUAUGUUAUAGAUGAAAGUUUUCUGUUCUUGUUUUCUUAAGUGCUUGAAAAUUCGGUAUUAAUGUUGAUCGAAUUCUUUGUUAAGCUACUUUUUUAUAUGCUUUAAAUUCUGGUCACAAAAUUAGAUUUUGCUUUCUAUCUUGUUUGACGGCUUGAUAAAUUGUCUUUAUAAAAUUAUAUUACACAACUCAAAUGAUUGUUAAAUGAGAUAUACAAACCUAUUUUAACCGUUAUUAAAUAUAUGUCCAUGUAUUAUAUAAAAGUAAUCAAUCUUCAAAA